AGUAAUACCAAUACGCUCCAUUAGUGGUGACGUCACACGUUGAGAUAGGUUAUGGUCCUGUAUCCAAACAAAGCAAGUGUUCUAUUCUGAUUGCCAUAAGCAGAUUUUUAAUACAUCGAUUUUGUGCAUUUUUGUUGAAAAUAACACUAGUUUUCCGCUACAAGGAAAAAUGGUAAUGUGUUGGGCACCCAAUUGUAAUCAUUACAAUGUACGAGAAAAAUGUAAAUUUUAUCGUUUUCCAAAGGAUACAAAAACAAGGAAUCUAUGGAUAAAACUGACAAGAAGAACAGUAGAACCAGGUCCUGGGUCUUUCCUGUGCAGUUGUCAUUUUGUAGAUGGAAAAAAAGAGAAUAGGCCUACAUUAUUCCAACAUAAUGAAGGAAAAGCAAAAAAGUUUCCAACCCCGGAGAAAAGAACUAGAGUAAAGAAAGAAGUUACUGAAACAUCUGUUACUGGAAUCAUUGAGGAUGUCCUAAUGCAUGAUGCAAGAUCUGUCGAGGAACCACAACCAUCUACCUCAACGGGAUCUGUAACUACAAAAAGUUUGGCCGUAGUAGAUGCAGAAAACUAUUUUCUUAAACAAAAUUUGCAACAAGUGAGUGAAGAUCUUAAACACAUUUCAGAGAAGUUUUCUUUUGAGAACAUCAGGGGUAAUGACAGGCUCAUACUCCUUUAUACUGGCCUACCUACAGAGAAAAUUUUCACUUCUCUUUUUGAUCUACUUAAAAACAUUGAAUUGAAUUAUUAUUACGAGUGGAAAGUAGAAAAAAUUAGGAAAAUAGAUCAACUAUUAAUGACCCUUAUGAAGUUAAGGCAAAACUUUCCCCAUGAAGAUCUUGCUGUUCGAUUUAGUGUUGCACAAGCUACAGUGUCCAAUAUUGUUACAACAUGGGUGCAUGUUUUACAUGAAGUGGUUUAUAAGCAGUUGAUGGGCAAAAUCCCCUCCCGGAAUAAAAACAAACUUUGUUUACCGAACUGCUUUAGUAGUUUUACAAACUGUAGAAUCAUAAUAGAUUGUACUGAAGUAUAUACCAGUGUGUCUCGUGCAAGUAUGGCAACCCAAAAACUUACAUACAGUUCCUACAAACACAGAAAUACAUGUAAAGGAUUAGUUGGAGUGGCUCCCAAUGGAGUAGUUACAUUUGUGUCAUGCCUAUAUCCAGGAUCAACAUCUGAUAAAAAAAUUGUUAAAGAUUGUGGAAUUCUAGAUCACUUAGAAGCAGGGGAUUUAAUUUUAGCAGACAAAGGAUUUUUAAUUAAAGAUAUAGUGCCAUCUGGAGUCCACAUUAACAUUCCUCCCUUUUUAACAACUGCACAGUUUACCCCUGAGCAAGUUAGACAGACUGAGUGCAUUGCUAGGGCUAGAAUUCAUGUUGAGCGAGCCAUUAGAAGGAUGAAAAUUUUUAAAAUCUUGGAUUUUAUACCUUAUUCCUUACUGCCUCAUGCUGAUGCUGUCUUCCAGGUAAUUGGGGCUUUAACAAAUAUGCAAUAUCCCCUAAUUAAAGAAGUAGAGCAGUUAUAUCCUGAAGGUGCCUCAAAAAGUGAAAAAUAAUGUCUUCUCAUACAGAAAGUGUCAGUGAUCCUUUUGAAGACACCCAUACAUCCAGUGACGAAGAUUAGGUGCUCAUUCAAAUUUGAGAAUUGAGGUUUUUUUGACUAAUCAAAAGUUUAAAGUUUUUGUUUUGUUUCAAGUAAAGUUUAAGUAAAAUUGGUUUUCACUUAAUAUAAAUGUAUGUAGAUUUAAAUCUUAUUAUUAUAAAAAUUUCAUAUAUUUUCUUGUAUGCUGAUUGAUAAGAUAACGGCAGAAUUUGAUAAUUGUUUUAUUCGUUCAUAUAAAAUAAAGAAACAUAAUUUUUUGUAAUAUAUUUUCUUUUAUUAUUAUCCUUCUUCUCUAUCCCGAUAAAGGACAACUAGAAAAUCUUUGAAUCCAUCAAACACAGGUAAUAUAAGGAGUUUUAUUUUUUCCCGCAAAAAAAGAUGAAUACUUUGCAUAAACCAGUCAAGUCCAAUUAUUUUUCACCCAUAACUUUUUUUUUAACUUUUUAUCUAAAAAAAAAUAGUGUUGACAAGAUGAUCUUCAAAUGUUAGAAAAUACAAAAUUUAUCAGGAUUUCAUAGUUUUCGC